ACGAACUGAAAGCCCCGAGGCCGAAGAGAUCUGCCGAGACACUCGGCCCGAGGACUGUCUUCAUCCGCCGGGGAGAGACAGAGAGAGAGCGAGAGAGAGAGUGCCAAGCAUGGAAGAGGAGAUUGAAAGGAGAGAGGCUGCUCUAGCAGCAAGCCCAGCACUCCAGCCCAAGUUCCAGUCCUCAGGCGUUUCCCAGGACCAGCUUAAAAAGCUCCAGGAGCUAAGGAAGAGACGUUUACAGAUAAAACAAAGAUCGAAGAUUCAAAAAAAUUCCAAAGGGGGUGCGAGUGGUGCGACAAAAGCCUGUGAAAAAGGACUCAGCAUCAAUGAUGGUCAAGAUGAACAUGCAGCUGUUAUGCCAAAAGACUCGAGUUCUUCUACUGCAAAAGCAAAUACUUCUUUAAUGGGUGAGGACACCACCUCAUUGCUGAAGGAUGAAGUGGAACCAUCUUUCGGAUUAAAGAAGCGGAAGAAGUUACAUUGGGGGCUUGACACAAAGGAAAGAUGGGAAAGGAAAGCCAACAUGUAGAUUCUCGACGGUGCAUAUAUGGCUAAGAUCGGCGGUGCGUGAGUGUGCUCGAGUGUAGAAGCUUCUGGAUGAUUCUCCCAUUCAAGGUCGCAUUGGCUUUUGGGUGUACAUAAAACCUUACCCCACUUAACGAGAAGAGAGACUUACUGUGCCUGAUCUCAUGAACUCACUCUCAGGACUACACUGAGCAUUACGUAAGAAUGCAAGUGGGCCCAUUCACUCGUUACCCAGAAUGAGAAUAGGAUGAUUUCAGUUUCAGCCCAUCGCCCAGAACGAGAAUUCGAUGAUUACAGUAUCACCUUGUUAAGGUUAUGUGCGUUCUCGUUUUGGGAUGGAUUUUUUGGGCCACCGCGCUUAGCAGAUCCUACCACCUGCAUUUUGUGGGAGGUGCCAAAUUACUCUGCCUUUAUUAUCCAUUCAAUUCUCAAUCUGAGGGACAUCCAAACAGUCCCACAAGUCAAUUGCUCAAUGAUCUAGUGAAACCUGGUGGCAGUAAAUGUGCUUGGAAUUAGACAAUUUCAUUGGUAUUUUUAUGAGAGAAACUUUGAUGCUCUGACA